AUGGAGUUAUACUUGCUGAGUGAGGACUUAUGGGAUGUCGUCGGCGGUAGUAGCACAACACCACUAAGGGGAGCUGCUGCUACGACAGCAGAAGCGACAAAGGAAUGGACACGGAAGAAUGCCAAGGCAGAGUUUACGUUAAAGAGGUCAAUAUCCUCAGGAUUGUUAGAGAACGAGCUGGCGAAUGCGAAGCAGGGGGAGUCUUCUAUCUCGGAGUUCUUCAUUAAGGUUUACGAACUCGACUAUACACCGUUUGUGACUUUGGUUCAAGGAUGGCCUACUCAACCUUCCUUGGAGGAGUUUGAAAAUUUACUAGCUUCGCAAGAAUCUCUAGUCAUUCAAAUGGCAGGAGUUAAAGUUCAUGAUGACUCGGAGAGUGCAAUUAUAGCUCGGGGACAGCAGAGUUUCAAAGCAAAACCUAAGGAUGGUGGUUUAAAGAACAAUGAUAGAAGAGAAGGAUCUUCCACGGGAUAUAAGAGACGGCUUAAGUGCUACCAGUGUGGGAAACUUGGGCAUUUCAAAAAGGCUUGA